GGUCCACAAGUGAUCACUUCAACGGUUCAUCGUCCACUAGAUUGCAAUAACGUGUACCCUUUCAACCGCACAAUUCAUCUACAAACCACAAUUCUCAAUUCUGCCACUUUGUUCAUUCUACCUCAUCAUAUCUUUCACCAUUCUCUUAUUUUCUAACCAUAUUUUUGUUUUCUCAAUUUCCAAGGGACAUUUGGAUUCUUAGUUUUCACUUUUAUACCAUAUUUCUUGAAACCUUGUGUUAAAAAUUGUGUCCUUUUGAACUUCAAUAACAAUUUGGACUUUUUUGUAGUUUCAUUCCCACAUACCCGUUGUUGGAUUUGAACUGGUUUUACUUGCUCCAUGGCUCUUCACAUAAGCAGUGGUUGUUUUACUGUGAUGUGUAAUUCAAGAGUUCACAGAAUAAGAGCUGUUGCUUCAGAGGGUUCUGCUACUCUUAAUACAGUGGUGGAGGAGAAGGUGAAGUUGGGUGGCUCUGAUUUGAAGGUGUCAGGGGUUGGAAUUGGAGCUUGGUCUUGGGGUGAUACCACUUACUGGAACAAUUUUGAAUGGAAUGAUAGGAAUGAGAAGGCUGCUAGAGCUGCUUUCAAUACCAGUAUUGAUGGAGGUCUAACCUUUUUUGACACUGCUGAAGUCUAUGGCUCUGGGCUUGCUUUAGGAGCCAUAAAUUCUGAGGUUCUUCUUGGAAGAUAUAUUAAGGAAAGAAAAGAAAAGGAUCCAGAGGUUGAGAUUGAAGUAGCAACCAAGUUUGCUGCACUGCCGUGGAGAUUUGGCCGUCAAAGUGUUCUCAAUGCCCUUAAAGAUUCCCUUUGUCGACUAGGACUGACUUCAGUGGAUCUUUAUCAGCUACAUUGGCCUGGAGUUUGGGGAAAUGAAGGGUAUAUUGAUGGUCUGGGAGAUGCUGUUGAGAAGGGACUUGUGAAGGCCGUUGGAGUUUCAAACUAUAGUGAGAAGCGACUCCGUGAGGCUUAUGAGAAGCUUAAGAAGAGAGGUAUUCCAUUAGCUACAAACCAAGUAAACUACAGCCUCAUCUACCGGGCCCCUGAAGAAAAUGGUGUAAAGGCUGCCUGUGAUGAACUUGGGAUAACAAUAAUUGCAUAUUCACCAAUUGCUCAAGGUGCUCUCACUGGAAAGUAUACUCCUGAUAAACCACCAAGUGGGCCAAGGGGCAGAAUUUAUACUCCAGAAUUCCUAACAAAGCUCCAACCUUUGCUGAACAAGAUCAGUGAAAUAGGGGAGAAGUAUGAUAAAACUCCAACACAGGUAUCCCUGAACUGGCUGGUAGCACAAGGCAAUGUUGUGCCAAUUCCAGGAGCCAAGACAGCAGAACAAGCUGAGGAAUUCAGAGGUGCACUUGGCUGGAGACUAACUGAUGAAGAGGUACCUGAGCUGCGUAGUGUGGCUUCAGAAAUUAAACCUGUUAUAGGUUUUCCAGUUGAAAAACUCUAGAAUAUAGCAUGCACCUUCUAAAUCAAAUGUAAAGAUGUAUCUGUUUAUGGAUAUAGCUCUUGUUAUUAUUAAUUAUUUAUUUUGCAAAAUACAUAAUAUGGUUCUUUUAUAUGAAUUA